CACUGGGCGGCUGUUACUGCAAGCACGCUUCAACGUUCGAGCCCUUUUUGUGUACAGUGCAGAUUGUCGUAACGCUACCUGGAGACAAGCUCGUUGCUUCAGAAAUACACAACGCGCACGAGACACUAUGUACAUACAUGAAAUCUUGCAGCAUAUAUCCUCAGUUAGUCUAUCCUCGCAAGUCUCUGUCAUACACGCCACACUUCACAUACUUCUGUCACGUAUUAUACACACAAAAAAGAAGAGCCGCAUACAACGACGCCUAUAGAACCCACGCUGUCAAGAAAAGAGCAGCGAGUAACACUCUGCUACGACGAAAGAAAGAAAAAAGGAAAAACCGAUUGUGCUAUUCAGCUUGGCAAGUGAAUUAACCACGCUCUCGGAACACCCCGCAAGCUGCGCGUUCCGUCGUAAACUUCCAAAACAGCCGGGAAAAGGCUGCGCGUCUCCCGAGAUUGUUUAGGGUACGCAUCGACGCCCAGCGCUAGUGAAAGUGCGUAUUUUCUGCUUUGAGGAUCGGUGAGGACAGCAUCGGCUCUACAACAGCACACAUGGAGGCUAUGCUCGAGACAGGGCACAAGAACACAACGAUGGGAGGAGUCCUCGGAGGUCUCAUGCUUUCAAGUUCAACCAUGCAUUUAACAACGACACCUGUGCCCUGGGAGGUGAAAGAUCUUCAGGUUGAAGAUGAAAGAAACAAGACAGAGCGAGUCAAGAUGGACUUCCGACCUGCCCGUCCUCUAGCAGUGAUGCUGGCAUGCCUCUUCUUCUUGUUCCUCGCCGUGGGCAUCCCGACGUUAAUCCAGAAGAAACGCCGCGAAGCGCGGGAGAGAAGGCAGCUGCAGGGACCCCACGAAAAUUACGGGACGACCAGGUCGACAGGAGAUGCCCUGCAAAGGAUAGAAGAGAACCGCCUUAGUAGCAACAGCACAUCUGACAGCAAAGACUAAGAAUUGUGUGACGUUACAGAGACACAUACAGUCAACGUGUGCCAAAAUGAACAGUGCUUCGAGUAUUGCGAAAGCGUAUUGUUUGGAACUGACCAGAGCUUUCACGUGUCUCAGUGGCGGGCAGGUUCUAGACCUUCUUUGUUUUUUGUUUGUUUGUUUUCGUAUCCGCUAAGUACUUAUUUACCGUAUGUGUGCAACGGCAAACGGACAUUGUUGUGAUAUGACGAAAAUAUCUUCGCUUUCAAGCCUU